AUGGUCCGCGUCUUCAUCACUGGCUCAACAGAUGGCAUUGGCCAAGCAGCCGCCAAGCUUCUCGCCGAGCAAGGCCAUCAAGUUGUUCUCCAUGCCCGUAACGCCGACAGAGCGGCUUCAGCCAAAGCCGCCAUCCCGAACGCCCACUCUGUUUUAGUCGGCAAUCUUUCGUCGAUCGACGAGACCAAGAAGCUCGCCAAGGAAGCCAACAGUGCUGGACCCUACGAUGUUAUCGUUCACAACGCAGGCAUCGGUUACGGCUCCACAGCUUCAAAGGAGAUCACCUCAGACAAGAUCUCAGCUGUUUUUGCCGUCAACACACUCGCACCUUAUAUUCUCACCUCUCUGAUGGAUAAGCCCACUUCGCGACUCCUGUUCAUGAGCUCGGAUAGCCACUACGGCGGUGACGAGACGCUAAAGAACGCAACGCAGUCGCACUCAUACGGCAACACAAAACUUCACGAUACGAUGCUUGCAAAGGCUUUUGCGCGACGGUGGACAGAUAUUCAGGUUCUUAGCAUGCAUCCUGGCUGGGUCAAGACAAAGAUGGGGGGCAGUUCGGCGCCAAUUACGCUCAGUGAACCAGCAAAAGCAUUGGCAAGCUGGGUUGCUGGAGAGGGAUCUCUGGUGAAAGCUACGUCUGGUGCUUUCGUAAUGACCAGUGGGGAAGCGAAACCUCAUCCGGGAGCGGACAAUCUUAGCAAGCAGGAAGAGUUGCUGGACAUCUGCAAAGAAGUUUCAGGUAUUUCAGUGCCAGAGGCUUAA